AUGGUUUCCACGUCCUUCGUGACCCUGGUGUUCCUCGUGUGCCUGCAAACGGUACUACUGUCGACUGUGAGCAACUGCGCCAAGACGAUCAGCAUGUACUGGAACACCACCAAUUCCAUAUUUCGAAUAGACAACACAGAUCAUAUAAUUGACGUGAACAAAAACAAUGCAAUGUUUGAAUACGAUCAAGUCAAUAUAAUAUGUCCUGUGUAUCCGCCGGACACGUAUGUUGAUGACGAUGCUGAGAAGUACAUCAUCUACAACGUGUCCAAGGAGGAGUACGAGACAUGUCGGAUAACGAACCCGAGUCCGCGGGUAAUAGCAGUGUGCGACAAGCCGCGCAAAACGAUGUACUUCACCAUCACGUUUAGGCCGUUCACGCCGCAACCCGGGGGCCUCGAGUUCCUCCCGGGCCACGAUUACUACUUCAUCAGCACCUCGUCGAAGGACGACCUUCACAGGCGCAUCGGCGGACGGUGCACCAGCCACAACAUGAAGGUCGUCUUCAAGGUCUGCUGCAGCAAUGAGGCCGAGACCUCCUCCUCAUCGGCGACAUCGCGCAACAACUCCGUAGCCGUGACCAGCAGCACCGUGCCCAGCAGCAGCUCGACAAGCACCGCGGUUUUGGGUGGCUCCGCCGCCGGCCUGCCAGCCCCGCCAGUCGUCUACAGGGGCGGAGAUCGAUUCUACCCGGAGAUCAGCAUCGAUCUCGAUUCACAUCAUCCAGGCACGGCGGCGCCGACCCUGCCCCAUGUACCCUCACCAAUCUACCCUGUGCAUCCGCGUCAGCCGCAGCCGCCAAUUCACAAUGGAUCGCCGUCCUCGAUCACGCCGCCCAAGACUUCGACUGGUCAGAAGAAGAAGAAUAAAGAAUAUUCGGAUCAUCCGAACGAGGUGGUGAAGAAUGAGGAGCUGACGUACAACAGCGCAAGCUCGUAUACUCGUACGCAAGUUCGGUACACAAGCCUAAUCCUAGCGACAGGUAGCCUGCUGAUGAGCGCGUUGUUGCAGCAGCUGCUGCGGUGAAGCGACAGUACCAGCUACGUACGAGAACAUCGUAUAUCCCAUGCGUCGAAACCCCUUCUUCUGUGAUUAUCCUACGUUUAAUUGAUUUCUUGAGAGGCGCGCGAGACACGCGCGUAUCUCGGCCGUCCCUCGAUCGUAGUGAGACACGCACGAUCCAUGGUCGCGCCGACUCGAGAGAUAGCAGGGAAGACAGAAAAGACAAAGAGAACGAGAGAGAGAGAAAAAGACGAAAAAGAAGAGACACGUCAAGAGAAGAGACACGCACGACACACGAGCGGCAGCGUCAUAUUAACUACAAUUAAAGAACUAGCGGGGUUCUCUAGGGUGGAAUGUUGUAAAAAGAUGAAGACGAGGAAUAGGACGAGAAGUAGGAAAGAAAGCGAAGAAGAAAAGACCGAAAGAGAAGCGCUACUACUAGACACUACUUAUAGUACACGCCCACUAUUAUCACUACUAUAAAUGGUAGUCGUAUUGGUUGUCCUUCUUAUCAUUACGCUAACUGUAGGUAUUUAUUCGAAUAUGAGAGAAAGAGAGAUGUAAGUAUAGGAGUCGUGGCAGCGUGCUAAGUAUCCUCGACCGAGAGCGAGAAGUGUACGCGAGAGAAGGACGUCUAUUAUAUAUUAGUAUAACAAGCCUAUGUACGCGAAUAACGUCAGAUCGCACAUCAUUGAUUCGAGCGAAUUUUUAAUUCAAGGAAAAAUACCGCAUGGGCUCAGCCA